AGCGGGUUGUGGGCUCGUGGAUUUUUCAGAGGGGCGCACACGCGCACGCGUAUCGCGCAAUGCAAACUAGUAAACAUGGAGCCGUCUCCACAGGUACGAUAGAUGCGAAACCGCAGAUGCUGCGCGCGAGGGAUCGACUGAAAUAACUGGAGCCAGGUUAUGGAUUCGAAACUUCCUUGUUUGGUCCUCGUCCUCGUCCUGAUUGGCUGCAUCGAAUGCUCUCCCGACAACCACCACCACAACGGCUCCCGCAGCUUUGAGUACUGUGUGCUUGGUGCUGGGCCCUCUGGGCUGCAGAUGGGAUAUUUCCUCUCCAGGGCUAAACGAGACUACGUCAUCCUGGAGAGGAACUCGGGGCCGGGCAGCUUCUUCAACAAGUAUCCCCGGCACAGGAAGCUCAUCAGUAUCAACAAGAUCUACACGGGAAGCCAGAACCGAGAGUUCAACAUGCGCCACGACUGGAACUCGCUGCUGAGCGACAGAGCCGACCUCCUGUUGAAGCGAGUGAGCCGGGAGUUCUUCCCUCCCGCCGACACCUUUCCGGUCUAUCUGUCCUUGUUUGAGAAGGAGCUUGGGCUGAGGGUCCGCUACGGCGUGGACAUUGGGAGGAUCAGGGCAGUGCAGUCACCCGGCGGCAGGAGCUACGUCCUGACCGACCAGCACGCGUCGGACUACAAUUGCAGUGUCCUCCUGGUGGCCUCUGGUCUGUGGGAUCCUCAGAGGGUUGAGUUCCUCGGUUCCGAGCUGGUCGAGGGCUACGACUCCAUCUCCACCGACCCCGAGGACUACAAGGACCAGGCCGUACUUAUUUUGGGAAAGGGGAACUCUGCUUUUGAAACCGCCCAGAGCAUCUCGGGAAGGGCACAUUUGGUGCACAUUCUCAGUUCCAACCCUGUUCGACUGGCCUGGCAAACACAUUAUGUCGGAGAUGUCAGAGCUGUGAAUAAUGACCUUCUUGACACGUAUCAGCUGAAGUCCAUGGAUGGGGUGGCAGAGAUACCCCUGGAUAAAAUAGCCAUCUCUCAACUAAAAGAGCAAGGCGGGAGGAGAUCGGGCACGAAGGAAAAGAAGGGGCAGCUGUACUUGACUUUAAAGUUCUUGCACCAGGAAGAGAAGAACAGCUCUGCCGUGACGGGAGAAGAAACUCCAGCAUAUCACAUUGACAACUUCGCUAUGCGAAAGCCUUACGACCGGGUGAUCUCGUGCCUUGGAUUCCGAUUCAACUUCAGCAUAUUUGACAGCUCCGCCUGCCCGAUGACUAGUGACAAUGCCAAAGGGAGGUUGCCGAGGCUGACGGCCUGGUAUGAAGGGGAGAACACCCCUGGCUUGUUUGUGCUGGGAACCGCCGCUCACUCCAGAGACUACCGCUCAUCUGCCGGCGGCUUCAUCCACGGUUUCCGAUACACAGUGCGAUCUGUACAUCGUGUACUUGAACAGCGUUACCAUGGCAAUCCGUGGCAUUCAACAAAAAUGCCGACAACGCAGCUGCAGUCCUGGAUUAUGAAGCGGAUCAACGAGGCUUCUGGGCCGUACCAAAUGUUUGAGGUGCUUGGGGACGUUAUCCUUCUUCGGGGCUCCCAUUGUGAAUACGUGGAAGAAUUUACGCUCCAGGCUUUGCCUCAGUUCUCCUCUCUCUCGGGCCAUGAGGUCUCCCACCACGGAAUGAUAGUUCUGGUCUUGCAGUAUGGGAAGAAAAAAUUAGACUAUUUAGGGAAGGGCAGGGCUAACACAGAUUGGACCCAAGCGUGGAAAUCCAACUUUCUGCACCCUGUUUUGUACUACUAUGACAAACUUCCCACUGAGGAAGAAAUGGAGCGCCGUCCCACCGGCUGGCCUUUACCAAGGCCCAAGUUAAUUCACCAUGUGGUUGAGGACUUCCUCACAGAAUGGAAGACUCCCGUAUCUCAUAUCCAGCCACUGCGGCGCUUCUUGGAGCACUGUGUCCAGACUGACCUCAGGGCCUUCUAUGCUGAAUCAUGCUUCCGCUUAUCCCUCACCCACCGCAAGCCGCCACUGUUUUGUCAACACGGGUACUUGAAGCGGCAGGGUGUCCCUCGCAACGGUCAUGAUGUUGGACCGAUGCCUACUGAGUGGGAAGCAUCAGGGGCGGAUCCUGCAUACCCAAACUACCUGACACAGGCUGGAGCCUCCAUUUCUUCGGGACUGAACGUUGACUUCUGAUUGUUUUGCCUAAGCGCUUUAAGGGCAGGGUUGGGAGAGAGUACCCUAGAGUUUUUAAAUGUUUUUAUUAUCCAGCCAAAUGUUGCCAGUUCUUGUCCAAUGAAAAUGCCAAGCAGGGCUGUAAAGGUUUUUUUCAAGCCUACCUCUAAAGCCAACAUUAUCAUAAUAAAUGUAAACGAAGAACAUUUUCGAUAAGUAUUUCUCUUCAUAAGACAAAAUAUCUUGACAGAACACCAUCACAAAGAUCAGUGGUUCCCAAUGUUUUGGGCAUGUGGCCCUUUUAAAUAAGGCAAUUUACAAACCCUUGUCAGUUGUAAAUUUGUCUUGACAAAAUCAACCAGAGUUAAUGUCCUUGUAUGUUUAUUUUUUAAGGGUCCAAAGAAGUGCCAUUAUUCAGUAACUAGUAGUUGGUAAUUAUCCUCCAUCAUUAUGUGACCCGACUCUCAGGUUGGAAACUGCUUAUCACUGGACUUGCAAUAUGUCGCUUGAAUGUUCCUUAUUUUUAAUCCUAACAAAAGAUCUAUAGACAUUAUAGUACGUCAGUUUUAUAUCCUAUACAUCUAGAGCAUAUGAAGCUAUAUAUGUGGUGGUUGUUUUCCAAAGUUAUGCAUUUUACAUGGUUUACCUGAAAUAUAUUAAAGAGGUACUAC